UAUGGAGGUCAUGGAAAUGAUACAGAGGGGAGAGCGGCCAGAUGAUAUCCAGGAUAUUAAUGAUGAGCCACCAAACCCUGAUCAGCCAAUCUCGAAACCCAGUAUGGCACCCAAGCCCAAGCCAUGGGACAAGCAAGUCAAACAAAGUUCCGGGCGGGAUCUGAAAGCUCACCCAAGCAACUCCAGCGAAUCGACGUCGGGGGUUCGAAUUGAUAGCGCCAGCCAGGCCACGGGAUGCUGACGACAGAGCCUGCUAUGGGCUCUGAAGCUCCUGUGGAUGAUGAUGCCACCUCGCCGAAGCAGUAACUGCAGAAACACAUACACGAUGGCUGGAUCAGGACAAGAUGUGAAGUGGAGGAGAAGAUUCGGAUCUCAAGACCAAAGGCCUUUUUUCUAGAAUGAGAGUUGCAUUCUUUGCAGCAUAAAGGUUUAUGUAGGAAAUGCAAGGUAAAACUACUGCUCCAACAUUACCACAGGUUCAUUUCAUUUUCCAAACAGGCACUCUUCUUGCUUGGAAUCAUUGAUCGGUGAAUAUAUGCUCUGUAGUAGUUUGUAUCAUCGGUUCACCAACAAGUAUAAUGUUCCAUCUCCAGCAUUUAUAUCAGCAGAAAGCAAAUUGCCAAGCAAAUUAUACUCUCACAACAGAUGGAAGAGAGCAAGAAAGCGGCGACUUUAUAAGCAGAUUAUACUCGAUCUUCACUUCCUGACAGAGAAUCAAACUCUUUCAUCAGCAGGCCAAAUAGAAGUUUGAUCUUGAGUUGACAAUAUACUAUUGCAAGAGGACAUGCACUCCCUUCGCGAAUGGCCAAAUAGAAGGUGCUUACAUCGCCUUUGUGUGAAGCCGAUUCAAGAUGGUGAACCCCAUUUUAGCACCCUGGGAGAUGCUAACUUUUGGAGAUUACAGGUCCUAGAGAUCGAUCGCGCCUCCAAGUUACAGGUAACUUCUGCAAGUAAUGUUUGUAUGAGAGUUGAGGUGCUGAAGAUUCACUGCUCUGGUGGGGCGCCUUUGUGAAUUUCUGGACUAGAGUAUCUAGAUGGUCUCGACGAAGUCUGGCUGAAGGGUUCCUACAGCGACGAACUCAGGCAAGAGUAGCAACAGCAACUUUCCGAGCAUAAACAAAAACCUGUCCUGAAGCUAGCAUAGCGCCGCUUGUCCUGAUAGGCUCUCUGUUCAUGUGUUAUUCUGUACUUGUAAAUUGUAACAAGUCCUAUAGGAGUGUGAACUUCUGACAAAGAAAUUGCCCUUAUGGUGUCUGUGUGUGU